GCAGAUCUGCCGCCAGCCAUGCCCGGGAUCGUAGUGUUCCGGAGGCGCUGGUCAGUGGGCAGCGAUGACCUUGUCCUGCCAGCCAUUUUCCUCUUCCUCCUGCACACGACCUGGUUUGUGAUCCUGUCUGUGGUGCUCUUCGGUCUGGUCUACAACCCACACGAGGCCUGCUCCCUGAACCUGGUGGACCACGGCCGUGGAUACCUGGGCAUCCUGCUGAGCUGCAUGAUCGCCGAGAUGGCCAUCAUCUGGCUGAGCAUGCGUGGAGGCAUCCUCUACACAGAGCCCCGCGACUCCAUGCAGUACGUGCUCUACGUGCGCCUGGCCAUCCUGGUGAUCGAGUUCAUCUAUGCCAUUGUGGGCAUCAUCUGGCUCACUCAGUACUACACCUCCUGCAACGACCUCACUGCCAAGAACGUCACCCUCGGGAUGGUCGUGUGCAACUGGGUGGUCAUCCUCAGCGUUUGCAUCACUGUCCUCUGCGUCUUUGACCCCACGGGCCGCACCUUUGUCAAGCUGAGAGCCACCAAGAGGAGGCAGCGCAACCUGCGGACCUACAACCUGCGGCACCGCUUAGAGGAGGGUCAGGCCACCAGCUGGUCGCGCCGGCUCAAAGUGUUCCUUUGCUGCACCCGGACGAAGGACUCCCAGUCAGAUGCCUACUCGGAAAUUGCCUACCUCUUUGCCGAGUUUUUCCGGGACCUGGACAUUGUGCCAUCCGACAUCAUUGCUGGCCUGGUGCUGCUCCGACAGCGGCAGCGGGCCAAGCGCAAUGCCGUGCUGGACGAGGCAAACAAUGAUAUCUUGGCCUUCCUGUCUGGGAUGCCAGUGACCAGAAACACCAAGUACCUCGACCUCAAGAACUCGCAAGAGAUGCUGCGCUACAAAGAGGUCUGCUACUACAUGCUCUUUGCCCUGGCUGCCUAUGGAUGGCCCAUGUAUCUGAUGCGGAAGCCCGCCUGUGGCCUUUGCCAGCUGGCCCGGUCCUGCUCGUGCUGCCUCUGCCCGGCCCGGCCCCGGUUUGCCCCUGGAGUCACCAUUGAGGAAGACAACUGCUGUGGCUGCAAUGCCAUCGCCAUCCGGCGCCACUUCCUGGACGAGAACAUGACUGCUGUGGACAUCGUAUACACCUCCUGCCACGACGCGGUCUAUGAAACGCCCUUCUACGUGGCAGUGGACCAUGACAAGAAGAAGGUGGUGAUUAGUAUCCGGGGAACCCUGUCCCCCAAGGAUGCCCUGACCGACCUGACGGGUGAUGCCGAGCGCCUCCCUGUGGAGGGGCACCAUGGCACCUGGCUGGGCCACAAGGGAAUGGUCCUCUCAGCUGAGUACAUCAAGAAGAAGCUGGAGCAGGAGAUGGUCCUUUCCCAGGCCUUCGGGCGAGACCUGGGCCGCGGAACCAAACACUACGGCCUGAUUGUGGUGGGCCACUCCCUGGGCGCAGGCACUGCUGCCAUCCUCUCCUUCCUCCUGCGCCCGCAGUACCCGACCCUCAAGUGCUUUGCCUACUCCCCCCCAGGGGGCCUGCUGAGCGAGGAUGCGAUGGAGUACUCCAAGGAAUUUGUGACUGCUGUGGUUCUGGGCAAAGACCUCGUCCCCAGGAUUGGCCUCUCCCAGCUGGAGGGCUUCCGCAGACAGCUCCUGGAUGUCCUACAGCGAAGCACCAAGCCCAAAUGGCGAAUCAUCGUGGGGGCCACCAAAUGCAUCCCCAAGUCAGAGCUGCCCGAGGAGGUGGAGGUGACCACCCUGGCCAGCACGCGGCUCUGGACCCACCCCAGCGACCUGACUAUUGCCCUUUCGGCCAGCACCCCACUCUACCCACCUGGCCGCAUCAUCCACGUGGUCCACAACCACCCCGCAGAGCAGUGCUGCUGCUGUGAGCAGGAGGAGCCCACGUACUUUGCCAUCUGGGGUGACAACAAGGCCUUCAACGAGGUGAUCAUCUCGCCGGCCAUGCUGCACGAGCACCUCCCCUAUGUGGUCAUGGAGGGGCUCAACAAGGUGCUGGAGAACUACAAUAAGGGAAAGACGGCCCUGCUGUCCGCCGCGAAGGUCAUGGUGAGCCCCACCGAGGUGGACCUGACUCCUGAGCUCAUCUUCCAGCAGCAGCCGCUGCCCACAGGACCACCCAUGCCCGCCGGUCUUGCCCUGGAGUUGCCAGUCACAGACCACCGCAACAGCAGCAUCAGGAGCAAGUCCCAGUCCGAGAUGAGCCUGGAGGGCUUCUCAGAGGGGCGACUGCUGUCCCCAGUGGCCGCCGCGGUGGCCACCCGCCAAGACCCCGUGGAGCUGCUUCUGCUGUCCACCCAGGAGCGGCUGGCAGCAGAGCUGCAGGCUCGACGGGCACCACUGGCCACCAUGGAGAGUCUCUCAGACACGGAGUCGCUGUACAGCUUCGACUCACGCCGCUCUUCGGGCUUUCGCAGCAUCCGGGGCUCACCCAGCCUCCAUGCUGUGCUGGAGCGCGAUGAGGGCCACCUCUUCUACAUCGACCCUGCCAUCCCUGAGGAAAACCCGUCCCUGAGUUCACGCACCGAACUGCUGGCGGCCGACAGCCUGUCCAAGCACUCGCAGGACACCCAACCUCUGGAGGCGGCCCUGGGCAGCGGGGGUGUCACUCCUGAGCGGCCCGCCAGUGCGGCGGCCAAUGACGAGGAGGAAGAGGUGGGUGGGGGGGGUGGCGGGGCGACCCCGCAUGGAGAGCUGGCACUGCACAACGGGCGCCUGGGGGACUCGCCCAGCCCUCAGGUCCUGGAGUUCGCAGAGUUCAUCGACAGCCUUUUCAACCUGGACAGCAAGAGCAGCUCCUUCCAGGACCUCUACUGCAUGGUGGUGCCCGAGAGCCCCACCAGUGACUAUGCAGAGGGCCCCAAGUCCCCCAGCCAGCAGGAGAUCCUGCUCCGAGCCCAGUUUGAGCCCAAUCUGGUGCCCAAGCCCCCGCGGCUCUUUGCCGGUUCAGCCGACCCCUCCUCGGGCAUCUCACUGUCACCCUCCUUCCCACUCAGCUCCUCAGGCGAGCUCAUGGACCUGACGCCCACGGGCCUCAGCAGCCAGGAGUGCCUGGCGGCAGAAAAGAUCCGGACCUCUACCCCCACUGGCCAUGGGGCCAGCCCUGCCAAGCAGGAUGACCUGGUCAUCUCAGCACGCUAGCACCCCAGCAGUGGCUGCCAAAUGUGGCCCAAGCCAGAGAAGGCGGCCCUGUGGGCACCUGGUGGCUGCCCCCAGGCCAGGCAGCUUUGAAGAGUGGCCCCAGGGGCCAGUUUAGCCUCAGACAUAGGGCAUUGCUGCUGAGCUGGGUGUCUGCAUCCCUACCUCAGCUUAGGACCCCCAGAGCCAGAGCCAGAGCAGCUGGGAUCUGGCCCCUCAAAUGGGGAGAGAUGGAGAAGGGCAUGGAGCAGCCUGGGGAGACUGCCACAUAGGCAGGUGUACUCAGCCCUCGGCCUGACUGCCCCCCACGGGGGCAUCCUGGCACCCUCUGUUGCAGGACAGGCAUGGGUAAGCUGGCUCCCACCACUGCCCUCUGGCUGCUCUCCCAGGGCCGAGGUGGCUCAUCUGUGGCCCAGGCUGGCAUCUGCCCUGGCCACCCCCAGAUCUGGUGCCUGCUGGCCAGCCCCCUGGGGUGACCCCUCACCAGGGUGGCCCACAGUGCUGUAUAUGUUUACAGAAGCUGCUGGGUCUGGCUCAGGAUGUGUCCCGGGCUUGCAAACCCCCUGCCCAAUCGUGUCCAGUAGCCCCACUCUGGACAGGGCCCAGGUCAGCCAGAGACCUGGAGGAGGGAGGGUUCAGGACCGCCCCUUCUCUGCAUGGUGCCCCCCAUUCUGAUCCCUCUGUUGAUGGAUUGCGGGCAUCCAGGCCUGCCCCACCUGCCCGCUACUUCCUUGCUCACCUCCUGCCCUCAGGGAUCCUGGCCACUAGAAGGGUGGUGGGCACUGCUGUGACCACCCCUGGCUGCAGAGUCAGUGCCCUGGGAGGAAGGAAGGCACCCAAAGGCCCCUUCCCCUGAGGGCCUUACCUAACCCCUUUACAUGACCCCCACCAUGCCUAGGCAGCUCUGGGCCCUGUAAUCUGAAACCAAACACGCCUCUGCCCCCCUCCUGAGAGCCAGGCUUUCUCCCCUCUCACCUCCAAUGUCCUCUUGGCAGGAAGUGGGGCUGAAAGUGGGGUUUUGUGGGACAUGGCAGGAGAUCCUCUGCCUACUUGCCCAGGGGAGGGACCAGGAGGACCAGGAGCUUGGGGGAUGUCCUAAUUUAGCCUGAGGCCCCCAUAGGGGUUCCUUCUCUAUAGGGUUUGGGAAGCAGUUGGGAGGUGGUGACCUGGCCCUUCCCCAGAGGCAGGGGUAGAGGAGGUCGUGCAUGCUAGUGUCAGGUGUGUGUGUGCAUGUGCAUGAGUGUGCACCAUUCCUGAGGAAGGGGCUGCUGGGGGCCGCUCACCCUACCUGCCCUGCCCGCAUGCUGGGGCCUGGGAGGCAGGGCCGCAGGACAGUGCAGCUUCGGACAGCACCUGUUGCCCUGUCUCGCCUGUGGCUCUCACCCCUGGUGUGAGCCCAGGUGCUGCCGUCUUGCUUGUGCCUUCCUGUCCUGGAGGCAUGGUCCCUCCCACUCUGGCCCCGCCCACAGCCUCCCUGGGUCGCCUAGGCUCCCCUGACCAAGACCCCCCCAUCUCAUGAUCACUGGUGUCUGGGGCCUGAAUCCUGACUCCUCCACACCCACUCCACACACAGCUGGGAUUGGCCUGCAUGGCUGCCCUCAGAACACCUGCCUACCCUGACAGAUAGGGACAGAGACCUGGGAGCUGGGCCUCCCCUCAUUCUCUGCAACUCCUACCCUCACCAGACUCCAGGAAUCCCUGCCCCUGCUGAGGCAUGGCCUCAGCCCAGCACAGAAGCAAGGUGGAAUCAGUGGCUCUUAGAGUUUAAAAAACAAGACAAAAUCUUAAAUCAAGUACCCCAGCCAGUAGCAGGGAGACUUGGUGUCUGGCCUUUUAAUUCCUUCUCUGCCAGGGUGGGUCCUGGGACCUCUAAGGUGGGUGUGUCACCCACCCAUGCCCAGGACUGAGUCAUCAGGGACAGACCCCCCCACCCCCAAGGCUGCAGCCACACUGUGUUACAGGCUUGGGGCUGGGGCAGGCUUGGACUCAGCCCUGGACACUUGGGAGCAGCCCACCCCUAACCUGCCCCCUCCCUACCUAGCCCCUGAAGGAUGGGCCUGCUGCACGUCUCCCUCCUCCACCCCAUACCACAUUUGGGGGGUCUGAGCCACCCCCCUCAGCCCAGCUCGGCUCAGACCAACCCCCACUCUGUUCCCCAGACCCGCAGCACAAGCUGUCCCAGCCGUGUGCUGGCCUGACCUACCAGGGGCCUGGACGACCUCCAUAUGCAAUCGGUAGUGAGCCGCCGGGCCCCACAGACCCUCAUGCACUCUCUACGUGCCAUUUUCCCGUGACUCUUUUUGUACUUAAUGUAUGAAAGAUCCAAACUAAUAUUGCUGUAAAAAGGAGAGACAAAUUAAUAUAGCUUAUUCUAUAAAUAUAUCUGUAUAUAAAGGUUUCUGUAUAUUGUAUAGAACUGUGUAUAAACUGGAUGUAGAAGCA